AUGCCUGCCCCAAUGGAUACCAGCUAUUUGACGACUCAGGUCACCACUAUUAUCGGUCAAUUGCACUCGAUAUUCGACGAGAUCGGAGUCCCUCGCAAUGAUCGCGACUCAAGAGAAACAGAGCUCUUCUCGGCUCUAUCUGAAACACUUCACAACCACCUCCGCAAGGUCAACCAGGAAAAGAACGAGCUGACCGAAGAGGCACAUAACAUCAUCAAGACUAUUAAACAGAUGGAAGCUUCGCUGGACGACGAGAAAGAGAGAGGAUAUGAUCUGGACAGCAGUGGGCUUCGAGUUACCUUUCCUCUCAUUGACUGUUUACGCGACCUCAAAGAAAAGUACAACGUUGUCAACAGACUCCACCGAGAACGAUUUGAACAGGUGAAGAAGCUAGUUCAAGCUCUUGAGUCAUACUCGUCCCAUCUCGAAUCCUCUUUCGUCAAGAUCAGACUACCUCCCACUUCUUCGAAUACCUGUCCACCGAACUUUGACCUUUCGCCCUCUUAUGUCACAACCCUUGAUGAAGAGUUCUCCCGAGUCUAUGACGAGUAUAACAGGAGAGUUGUUGUGGUUCAGCAAACUGCAGAAGAAAUCGUGAGGUUGUGGUCGGACUUAGGUAUCCCACAAGCGCAGACCGAUUCUCUGAUAGUACAACACUAUCGCGACUCACCCGAACAACUGGGACUGCACCAGGCAGAUCUGGACCGACUGAAGAGCCGGCGUGAUAAGCUUGUUGAGGAAAAGAGAAGCCGAGAGAAGAGAAUCAUCGACAUCAAGAAGAAUAUAGAGAAUUUGUGGGAUCGGCUGGGGAUUGAGCAAGCAGAUCGAAAGGCUUUCUUGGCUGCUAACCGCGGUUGUGGCCUACGGACCAUAAAUGAAUUCGAGGAUGAGCUGGCAAGACUCAACGAACUGAAAAGGCAGAAUCUGCAUUUGUUUGUUGAAGAUGCUCGUGUCAGACUUCAAGAGCUUUGGGAUUCUCUAUACUUCUCGGAAGAAGAGAUGCUCGAUUUCACGCCAGCAUUCUCCGAUGUCUACAGCGACGCUCUGCUAUCUGCGCAUGAGGCAGAGAUUGAGCGACUUACCACGCUGAAGGAACAGCGGGCGCCAAUCUUGACGGUUGUUGAGAAGUACAAGUCGCUUGUCGCUGACAGGGAAGCACUUGCUGCGUCUGCUGCAGAUGCCACGAGAUUGAUGCUGAAGCCACAAAAGGGAGAGAAGCGAGAUCCUGGCAAACUCCUACGAGAAGAAAAGAUGAGAAAGAGAAUCGCCAAGGAACUUCCGAAGGUUACAGCCGAAUUGACCAAGACCUUGCAGAAUUACGAAGACGAAUACGGCAGACCCUUCUUGAUCCACGGCGAGAGGUUCUUGGAUGAAAUCGAAGAAGCAGAGACUAGAGCGCCACCUCCUCGAUCAAAGACGCCAAACGGACUUCCACCUAGAUCGAAGACUCCCGCGCCGGCACAGACAGCUAAAUCGGCUCCAAGUGCUGGAAGAUCUACACAGCCAGCUCGACCGGCAAGUGUGAUGAAAGGACCGCCACGGACCACUGCAAAAACGCCAACUGGCAGCAGACCUGGCACUAUGAGACAGCACCAUGCCACAGCGUCUGCUACUACGGGAGCCUCAUCACAAGCAAAGUCUCCUUCGAAGAUUCCUGCUCGUGCGCCACUAGGAACUCUGAAGCAUGGUAACAACUCGCCGGAGCGCCGAACUGUCCAUCAAGCAACUUCACAGCCUACUCAUGCCGAGCCACAUCACAAUUUUGCGCAGAGUACAAAAUCAAUGGGUCCUCCUCGAGCACCUCCUCCGAAGAUGAGGGAUCUCUUUGUGCCUCCGCAAGAGCCAGCGCCUACGACAACAGGACUAACACUCAAGCAAUUUCCUUCGACGGGUCGACCUGCAAGCACAAUCUCGUCAGGAUCCAAUGAGAGCAACCGCUAUGUCCGGCCGAUGUCGCCAGAAGAUGUCUAUGAUGACCGCGAGCGAAUGUCUUAUAUGUCAAUAUCCCUUCUCAAUCGUGACCGUCAGCAGCAUCAGCCACAGGCUGACACAUAUUAUGCCGGACACAACAGUCAACAUCAACACCAGACAUCCCACUCUCUCGCGGGAUCGAUCCAUAGCCAGAGCAAUCGCUCAAACCCAUCUGUACCACCUUCCACGAGUCAAUCGCGCCAGACGUCCAAUACAUCUUCCAACAUGACGACAGCCACAACGGCAUCUGGAAGUGAGAAUUGGGAAACAUACUCUGAUGCUUCGGAGAUGGAACCCGAACGCGACGUCCGAGAUACGUACUAUUCUAAGGUCCACGCUGCUACCACGAACACAUUGGGCAUGAGUGUCAACUCACAUAACAACCCGAAAGGCAAGAGACCUGGUACUGGUGCGGGUGCAUUUGCUGGACAGAUGGCCCCUCCACCUGCGAAGAUGCGCGUAGCGAACCAGCAGCAGCAGCAGCAGCAGCAGCAACAACAACAAUAUGGCUAUCAAGGUCAAGCCCAGCAGUAUGGCCAAGGUCAGUUCCGUGACAUGUCUGACGAGAAUAUCAAUUCCCAUCUAUACGGCCACGCGGUGCGAGUCGAUGGAAGCGAUGCAGCAUGGAGCACGGAGCUCGAAGAGACGUACUGA